AUGUUCCGCAGGGCACGCCUUAGCGUGAAGCCGAACGUCAGGCCUGGUAUAGGCGCCAGGGGGUCCACCACUUCCACCCCACAGCGUGGAAAGGAGACUCCCAAGCCGCCGGAACCUGCAGCUGUCUCUGUUCCGAAGCCAGCGGAGCCCACAGAUGCGCCAGUGGUGGAUUUUGGGGGAGCGGAACCCCAAAAAAAGGCUCCCAGGAGCAGUGAUGAAAAGACCAGAGGUGAAAACCAUGCUGAAGAAUCCAGUAAAUCUUCCCCUACAGUUUCACAGAGAAGAAAGCGAAUAUCAAGUACUUCUGGUCUGGAUAAACCUACUGUUGGUGUUCCUUCACAACCUCCUCCUUCAUCUCCUGUUAAUCAAGAAGUUCCACAACUAUUUUCUAUUCCAACAAAAGAAAAACAGCCAUGCUCAGACAGAUACCGAAUAUAUAAAGCCCAGAAACUGAGGGAAAUGUUAAAAGAAGAAUUAAGAAAAGAGAAGAAACAAUGGAAAAACAAAUAUGCUGUAACUGAAAGCCAAAGUCCACCAGAUCGUGCAAAAAUGACUAUGAGGGACUUCAUCUAUUACCUUCCAAAUAACAAUCCAAUGACCUCUUCCCUGGAACAAGAAAAGAAAACUGAAAAGUCAUUGACACCUGCCCAGACAAGAGAGCAAGAAAGUAAGAGUACUCCUGAUGCUGAGGAAAAUGAAGAAAUGGAAGAAGAGAUUGAUGAUGGGCCAUUGCUGGUUCCUCGAGUUAAAGUGGCAGAAGAUGGUACUAUUAUUUUGGAUGAAGAAAGUUUAACUGUAGAAGUUUUAAGGACAAAAGGUCCCUGCGUUGUUGAGGAAAAUGACCCCAUAUUUGAGCGUGGUUCUACAACUACAUAUUCCAGCUUUAGGAAAAACUAUUACUCUAAACCAUGGUCAAAUAAAGAAACAGAUAUGUUCUUUUUAGCCAUCAGCAUGGUGGGGACUGAUUUUUCUAUGAUUGGACAACUUUUUCCUCACAGAGCAAGGAUAGAAAUUAAGAAUAAGUUUAAACGUGAAGAGAAAACAAAUGGCUGGAGAAUAGACAAAGCAUUUCAAGAAAAGCGCCCUUUUGACUUCGAUUUUUUUGCUCAUUUGCUUCAGAAAGUUCUUGCCGAAGAAGAGAAAAGAAAACAAAAAUCAGUUAAAAAUAACAAUUCAAAAGAGAAGAAAUCUUCUAAACCAAGAAAAAAAGCGAAAGUGAAAAAAGUCAGUGAAGAAGUAAAUGAUGGCUCACCUGAGUCUAUGAAUACGAGGAUUUCAGAUACAGAAAGACUUGAACAGGACAUUCAGACAGUUGAAGGAGAACAAUUGUCUCUGACUUUAUCAGAACAGGACUCAGGGGAAAGUGCAUUAAAAUCAGACCUAAAUCAAAAGAAAAGGAGAAGAAAGAAUCAAGAAGAAGCUGAUGAACAAGAAAUAGAAAAUCCUUUGGGAAAUGCGCUUAUUCAGUCAGGCCCUUCUAAAGCAGAAAAACGCAAAAAUAAAUGUGAAUCAUUAAGGCCAGAGGUAAAUGGCAAAGAAUGCAACGGGGAAGAGAAGCUUUCCUGCUCACAGAACACAGAAGAUGCUGUAGACUUACCCUCCCUUGAAAAAGUUGAGAAAAGAACUGACUUCAUCCUUUCAUCAAGCAAUCAACAAGAUGUCAUGUCAGUGUCAACUGAGUCUUCAGAAUCCAGCACUUUAAAUUUGCCUUCUUCAGAAGUUGAAAUUGGAGCAUUGUCUGAAGUGAACAAUACUGAGAGUAGUUGUACAGAAGAAAGGAAUGUUGACUUUAGAAGUGACUCACUGGAAAUUGAUCAAUCAGAACCUAUUAAACCAAUGGUGAGAGGACGACUCCAGAGACCUAAACCCAAUUUAUCAAGAGCAGCUGGAAAAAAAGCAGGUAGAAUAGAAUCAGAAAAAAAGAGUCCACAUCCAGAAACUGCAGUUGAAAAGAAUCACAUGGAAAGGGAUCAAAGGAAUACAUCUGGCAGCUUGGGACUGGAGAAUACAGAGAAACGAAACACAGAAACUGAGACUGUAUCUAAUUUGAGUGAAAACAUUUGUCUGCAGAAAGAUAAUCAAUCAAAGGCUUUCAGAUCGGCACGACUAACAAGGAGCCGAUUGCAAAGGCCAAAACCAAAUGUAGGUAAAGUUGCUGAAAGAAAUGAAAUUCUAGCAUCCCAGGAAAUAAUGGGGACUGAUGGAGAAAAGAAUGAAAAUGAAUCCUGUAUUGAUAGAGAUAUCCCUGAACAAAUGGAAGACAAGUCGUGUAAAAUUUUGGAUUGUGGAGACAUCGCUUCACAGUCUGAGAAAAAAGAUAUUUCUUAUCAAAAUGUGCAACCAGAUGAGUUCGCAACUCUUAGUGAAUGUCUAAGUAUUCAAGAGGAUAACGAAGCAGAUGUACUCAAGCAAGCCCCAGUUGUAAGGACUCGAUUUCAAAAACCAAAACCAAAUAUAGGAAGAAGAUCUGGAAGAAGAGAAAUUUUCUCAAGGGAAGACGUACCAGAGAAGUUACUUGCCUCUGAGGAAAUAGAGUCAGCUUUGGGAGAAAUUUCAACACUAGAAACCUCACCAAGGAAGAUGGUAACAUUGGAGGCUAAUACUGCUAAGGAUACAGAUUCAUUAGAAACUGGAAGAAGAGACACCUGUCUCAGAGAGAAAACACCAGAAAUAAUUGACAAUGCAGUGGAAAUGAGAGACACUGAAAAAGAGAUUUCUCCAAGGAUAAAUGUAUCAGAAGUGACUGAUGUCCUUGAGGAAAUAGAGACAGAUUUGGUAGAAGCUAGAGGAGAAGUAUCCCCAUUGGAAAAAGCCCCAGAGGAAGUCAAGACUAUAGGUGAAGUGGAGAAUGAUUUGGAAAAAAUGAAAAGUGAGAUUUCUUCAAGGAAGAAAAUGUCAGAAAUGACUACUGCCUUUGUAGAAAGAGAUACAGAUAUGGAAGAAACUGGAAGAAGAGAAAUACUGUCACAGGAAAAGGUCCCAGAGAAAGUUAAGACUAUAGAUGAAAUAGAGAAAGAAUGGGGAAAAACUGAAACAGAGCUUCUUCCAACGAAGAAAAUACCAGAAAUAAUUGCUGUUUCUGAGGAAAGAGAGACAAAUAUGGAAGAAACUGGAAGGGAAAUACUCCCACAGGAAAGGGUCUCAAAGACAGUCAAGACUGUAAGUGAAAUGGGGAAAGAUUUGGAAAACCCCGAAAGAGAGAUUUCUCCAAGGAAGAAGAAACCAGAAAUGAUUUCCUCUGAGGAAAGAGAGCCAGAUUUGAAAGAAACUGGAGGAAAAGAAACAUCCCCACCAAAAAAGGCCCCAGAGGAUGUCAAGUCUGUAGGUGAAAUGGAGACAGGUUUUGAAGAAACCAGAAGAAAGAUAUCCCCAAGUGAGAACAUACCAGAAAUGAAUGCUGCCUCUGAGGAAAGCAAGUCAGAUUUGNAAGAAACCAGAAGAAAGAUAUCCCCAAGUGAGAACAUACCAGAAAUGAAUGCUGCCUCUGAGGAAAGCAAGUCAGAUUUGAAAGAAACUGGAGGUAGAGAAAUAUCCCCACAGGAAACGGAAACAGCCUCAGAGGAGGUCAGAACCGGAGGUGAAAUUGAGACCAAUUUGGAAGAAACUGGAAGGGACAUUUCCCCAAGGGAAAAGGUAUCAGAAGAGGUCAGUAUCAUAGGAGACAGAGAGAUUGAUUUGAAAGAAACUGGAAAAGGAAACAUUUUCCUGAUGGACAAAAUAGCAGGAAAGAUGAUUAUCAUUGAAGAAAUAGAGGCAGAUUUGAAAGACACCAAAAGAGAAAGUGCCUCAAGAGAAAGUGGAUCUGAAGAAAUCCGUGCAACUGAGGAAACAGUAGCAGAUUUGAAAAAUACUGGGAAAAUACAGACUGCUUCAAGGGAAAAUGAACCAGAGGAGACUGAUAAAGUAAGACAAACUGAGACAUAUUUAAUACAGAGCAGUAGUGAUGACUGCAGCCCUAUGCCUUCACCAGAUACACAAAACAUUAGCAGUGAUAAACUAUCAGUGGUGCACACAUCUGUAGAAGAAAAAACAAAUUCUGAAAAGGAAGUACCAAAUCAGUUGAGUCAUUCAAAGACUUCUGAAGAGACUUCUGAGCUUGGUAAGACAGAAGACAAAGGGAUGCAAUCUUCAGAUGUCCCGGAGCAGUUUUCAGAUACUAAUUUAAGCACAUCUCGUCCUCAAGAACAGAAGCCAUUUGAAGUUAAAACAGUACCUUUUGUGAGAAGUCGCUUCAAAAGACCAAAACCAAAUUUAGCCAGAGCAGUAUUAAAAAGAGAGACUACAGAAGCAGAAAAAUAUGUACCUGGAAAGAAAUCUGAAAUUGAUAAAAUGGAUGCUGUUGUGAUACAACCAAACAGCGAACAAACUAAUAACCAUCCUUCUCAAGAUGAUGCGGCUUCCCAAAUGACACCAAGAGAAAAACAUGAACCAGGUCACAAGGAGGACAAGGCUGUGAUAGUAACAUGUGUACAACCUGAAAAGAGUCUUUCACCUUCACAUUCUUCAGAACCAAAAGAAGAAUCUCAGUCGACACAAGCCCAGGAAAAUGACUUGGUUGCUUCUGCAGGGACUUAUAAUAUAAACACUUUCCAACAAGAAAUGAAAGAAAGUGAUAUCCAAACUACUCAGCCAAUAAGGCGCAGACUUCAGAGACCCAGACCAAACAUAAGAAGGAUUGAACAGAGGCAAACAGUAGAAAAAAGUGACACUACAGACAUAGUUAAGGAAGAAAGAACAAUUCUACAAAAAGAUGAAACUGAAAAAUUCCCUGCUGAGGUGAGUUAUUAUUAUCCAAAUUCUCAAAUUGGAACUGAUAGUGAAGUUGUAUCCACCGAGGUUUCUGAGUGCACAAUCAAUGAAAAUCAGAGUCGUUUGGGUCUUGAAGAAAUCCUUCACGUUAACAAAAUUAACUUACUAGAUGAAAACCUAAGAGAGGAGCAUAAAACUUAUGCUCCUACUCCGGCCAAGUUGGUAAGAAGGCAAGUCCACAAAGCAAAGCCAAAUGUGAGAAGGGCACACAGUAAGCGAAAGGAACCAGGAACAGAAAAAGACACAGCAGAUCAGGAGGCAAGAAAGCCAGAAGAUAAUUUGCUGCAACAAGGAGAAUCUGAUAUGCAGCUCCUAAAAAAAAAGACCGAGCUGCUCACACCUCUGGAAAGUUCAGCAAGAACAGAUUGUGCAGAUCCCCAAGAGGCUCUUUUAACCAAAAAGGAUGCUCAAUCUAAGGAACUGGGACUAUCAGGAAGUGUUGAAAAGGAAACUCUCGGGGAUAAUUCCAUGUCUUCAAUUAUUGAAGAGAAGUAUCUCAGUAAACCAACAAGCAAUCCACAGCUGUUAAAAGAAUCAAAUUACUCCAAAAUUGUGUUGGAUCGAAGAACGGCUAUCUCUUCUGCCUCUGCAUUUGAGACUGAUCAUAGUGAAAGAAGAAUACAUCGAAAGAGCAAACCAAAUGUUGCCAAAGGGCGUGGAUCAAAGCGAAAUCGGGGUAAGAGCUCAAAGAGGGAACCUAGAGCUACGAAGGCUGUGCUGGUGACUCUUCGGGCUUCCCAGGAAGAAGAAGAAGAUGAUGCUGAAGAUUUUGCUUCUGACUAUGAAGAAGAAAGCUGUCAUCUUGCUCCUGAAGAAGUAAACAAAGCUCCAGUCUUUGUACCCCUUGGUCUCCGAUCUCCUGAACCUGUUGCAACACAGAUUGAGGAAACAAUGGAAGAGCUUGAAAUAACCGUGAAUGUCCCAGACACCACAUGUGUUGCUACUGUUGAAUAUCAGCCCUCAAACACAGAUAUUCCUAUGCAGGAGAUGAAACAAGAAGAAGCUUUGAAUAUCCCUAUGGAGAUGACCACAUGUGAACAGCCCCAAGAUGAAACAGGUUCCAAUGAUGGAAGCACCGAAGCUGCCAUAGCUUUACUUACAAUGGGAGAUUUUGUGUUGCAAUCAGACAUCAUUACUGAUCAGGGUGAUGUAUGUGUGUGUGUCCUUCCUGAUGUUGAUUUAAAGAAUGAUAGCCAUAUUCCUUCUAGUCCAGAUAAUGUAAAGCACAAUAUUGUUGAUAAAUGUCUGGAACUUUCUUCACCUGGUAUUAGUGUAUCUCCUGCAUCAUUCGAAGAAAAUAAGAUUGUAUUGAAGGAACAUAGUACUGAAGAUGAAGUUGGUUUAUUGGAGAAAGUAAAGGAAAACGCUCAACUAACCAGGCGUACAACUUCUAAAGUGACCAAUAAUUUGAGGAUGAGAAAUAGACUUCCGAAGCCUAAGCCAAAUCUUAAAAGGAUUUUAGGGACCAAAAGGCUUACUGCUCUUCAGAAAGUUCCUAGUUUGUCUGCAACCAAAGCGGAAGAAGUGGAUAUUCAGAAGGAAACUGAGGAAAGUGCUGUUAAAGGGGCAGACUUAGAAGAUAAAAAUCUUGGAUCAAUUGUAAUCGAUAAUAAGGAGCCAAACAAACUGGCAUAUGCCCGUGGUACAGAAGAAACCAGUAUUUCACAAGAAGUCAACCUCACUAAAAUAAAUGAUGGUCAAGAAGAGAGAUCUCAAGAGGUCCCAGACUUAUUGGUUGCCUCAGUUGUUCCUUCAGAGACAGGAGCCUGCAUACUUGAUUUGGAUCGGGGUCUUGGUGAGAGUCCUGUUACAGAGACCCUGAUCAAGCAGCCCAGUGGAGACAGUCUGCUUACACUCCAUGGACCACAGUGUACACCAGCAAGUAUUCCAGAAGUCCAACAAGAGAAUGUAGUCAAUUCUCAAGACCUAGCAGUUCAUUUAGUUGCUAAUCAGGAUGGAGAAGAGGAGGAGCAAGCAUUCAUCUUAACUCUGGUGGAAAUCCCAACCAAUGCUGCAGAAGAGUUUACUAAUAACACCGCACACUUAAUGCCAAACCAUUUAUUGCCAGCACCCAUAUUGAUUAGAUCAGUGAAUAAAGAAGAGAGGGGUGACCUGAGUAUUAGCUUUCCUGUAACUUCAGUUGGUCCAGAUGCAAUGUAUGUAUCUAAUUCUGGAAGAGAUGGUUAUGAAAAUUCUCCUGCUAAUUUGGAUCUUUUAUCUAGGAAGAGAGUUCAUUGCAGGCUUGAAGAAAAUGACUGUGUUCCUUCUGCCAAAAAAAGUUCACUCACUUCAGUAGUUGAUCGUCAAGAACAUACUUCUGAGGUAUGUUCAAAGGAAUUAAUAAAUGUUUUUGAGGAAACAGGGGAGUCUUACAUGGGACAAAAUAUUUUCCCUACCUCAGGAAGCACAUAUGUAACUCCAGAACCUCAGAAAGAGCAACUUGAACCCACUCUGCAGAAUAUAGUGACAGAAAGGAAUGCACCACAGUUACCUCAAGAUGGGAUGAUUAUAUCUGAUAAGGAAGAAAGAACUGCUGCUGUUUCUAAAUCUGAGCAAAUGGAUAGCAGAGCAUCAUCUUCAAAACCCCCCCUAACCAGACCUGGCCGAAGACCUCUGGGAUUUUUGUCUUUAAUUUGUUCAAAGAAUAAUACAGAAUCUGAUGAACCUACUCAAGUCCAUAGGAAGAAGCGCCUAAAACCAUGUAUACCUACAGCAAGGAAAAAUAUUAAAAGAUCUAAUCCACCCAGUGAAAGCCAGGAAAAAACACAAGAGUCCUGUGAUCUUCUCCCAUCUUCCAGUGUUGUUAAUACGCAAUCUGAGAAUAUUGACAGUUUAGCAGCUCAGGUUCCUUGUGUUCAACCCUUACCAAAAGAAGAAAAUGAAAGUAGCCAAAACCAGACAUCUGAGGAGGAGCUACCCAAUGUCUCUGAAUAUUUCUUUAAUGAUAUCUUUAUUGAAGUGAAUGAAGCAGUAUAA